UUCGCCACUCGAUAGUUUUGAAUAGAUUGAUUCAAAAAAUCGAUACUAUCGAUUGUGCCAUCGAUGGUUUGACAGAAAAGGCAUGCAAUCCAUCAGCAUCGCCAGCCGUGGCAUCUGGCUCGACCGCGACGGCAUCCACCUCGACCGUCCAGCAGCAGCAGCAGCGGCGCCGCAAAAAGCGUCCCAAUUACAACUACAAUGGAACCCGCACCGUGGAGGUGCGGCGGGGCUACAAUGGCUUUGGGUUCACCAUAUCGGGACAACAGCCAUGUCGUCUGUCGUGCAUCAUCAGCAGCUCGCCCGCCGAGCAGGCCGGCCUGCGAUCCGGCGACUUCCUCAUCUCGGUCAACGGCCUGAACGUCUCCAAGCUGCCGCACGAGACGGUGGUCCAGUUGAUUGGCAACUCCUUUGGCAGCAUACGCAUGCAGAUAGCCGAGAACUACUAUUCGGACAGUUCGGACGAGGAGAACGCCAAUGCCACGCUGCAAAUGCAGCGCAGUGCCAGGGGCCAGCUGCUGGCCGCCAGUUUGCGCCACAAGCCGCGCUUCCUGCAUCACAAGUCGAAGAUGCAUCGACUGCGUAAUUCGCCACAAAAGAAGCUUCCGCCGGAUGCGGUGGAACCAAAGCCAAAGCCAGCACCGCCCACAGAUCACUCAACGCUUCGGCCAGUUCUGGAGGACGCCCCGUUGGCGAAUCUCACUGGCAAAUCGGCGGAUGUGGCCAAUGUGAGUGCCAUGGUUCGGGCCGUGGGUAGUGCGGCGCUGGAGUAUCGCGUAAUUGUGGGCUAUUUGGGCACCAUUGAAAUGCCCAAGCAGAUUUCGCACAGCUCGAAGCUGCAGACGGUGCGCUCCUGCAUACGGAAGUUGCGGCAGGAAAAGCGCCAGCCCACCAUAGUGCUCAUGUGCAUCACCCCGGACAGCCUCACGCUGCAGAGCGCCAAUGGCGGAGUGCUGGCCACCUAUGCCUCAUCGAGACUGAACUACGUGAGCUCCUCGUCGGAGAGCGAGAAUCGUUUCUUUGGCCUGGUCACCAGCGCCGUGCACAACACCCAAAUCGAGGAGGAGUACGAGCCAAAUGCAGGCAGCGGCUCUGCUGGCCAACACAUCAGCAUCUCGCACAGCUGCCAUGUGUUUGUGAUCGACACAAAGCUGAUCCCACAGAGUACGUGCUGGGAUUAUCCGACCUAACCGGCGAAUUGAUGCGCCGAUGCAUAAAUUCUUUGGGCAGCGGAGACAUCGAUACCUGUAUGGAGACCUGCAGCACUUUGCAGGUGUUUUACACGGGUUACAUCAGCUUGAACUUGCAGCGUGCUCGGGAGUUGUGGCGCAAGAUUACCACUAUGCGACAGUGUCCUCAAGGCAGAGAAUGUCUGCUACAAUGUUAAAGUACGUGGUGGCGAGGCAGCCAUUUGGGGCUCAAAUUUCGACCAAAAGCCUGCAGAGAAUGUCGAUGAGGGCUUCUACUAAUGUAAUCACUUAAAUAUUUACAUUAAAUUUUAUUAUCAACGGA